CCCGCGGAGUCCUGCCUCGCGGAGCGCCGGACUUGGAGGCAGACAGACCUGGCUGCGAAUCCCUGCUCCUACCACUUUCUAGCGCUGUGACCUUGGGCAAGUUACCGGACCUCUCGGAACCUCUCUCUUUUGUUUUCAGGUGGCGAAACUGACUGGUCUGGUUAGAGCGCGCCCAAGCCAAGCCGCAGUGCUGUUUGGAUUUUUAAAUUUCUCCUUCUGAGUGAGAAAAUAGCAAUCGAGAUGGAGCCAUCCGCACAGCAGCUCCAGCUGGCAGCACCACCUCGGGCCAGUUUAUCCACCUUCUGCCAAGGCUCUGAAAUGCCAACUAUGUCAAGGCCUGCACUGGAUGUCAAGGGUGGCGCCUCACCUGUGAAGGAGGAUGCCAACCCCGAGAUGAGCUCGCUGGCCUACUCUGACCUGGGAGUGAAAGAUCGCAAAGCAGUGGCCAUCCUGCACUACCCCGGGGGGGCCUCAAAUGGAACCAAGGCCAGUGGGGCUCCCACUGGUUCCUCGGGAUCCCCAUCUCCAAUGGGCUCUCCUACUGCCACCCCUCCCACUAAACCCCCACCCUUCAAUGUGCACCCCACCCCUCACCUGCUAGCCAGUAUGCAGCUGCAGAAACUUAAUAGCCAGUAUCAUGGGGUGGCUGCCACCACUCCGGGCCAACCUGGGGAGGCAGGGGCCCUGCAAAACUGGGGCUGUGAGGCUCAGGCAGGAGGCGCGGAGUCACUCUCUCCUGCUGCUGCCAGUGCCCAGAGCCCUGCUAUCAUUGAUUCUGACCCAGUGGAUGAGGAGGUGCUGAUGUCGCUGGUGGUGGAACUGGGACUGGACCGGGCCAAUGAGCUUCCAGAGCUGUGGCUGGGGCAGAAUGAGUUUGACUUCACUGCAGACUUUCCGUCUGGUUGCUGAUGCCAAGUGCCCCUAAAGAUGAAGGAAUAAAGCCACCAAUUCUGUUGUAAAUAAAAAUAAAAGUUACUUGC